AUGGUACUGAUGUCAAAACGAGAUGCCACUUGGAGUUUCGGCAAAAGCUGUUUCUCGUGGCCUUCGUCGAUCGCUGGUAUUUCCACAACAGAGCGCGUUUCGACAGUUAACAGCAAAAUAGAGGCUAUAGUUGAUGGGAUAGAGGGAUACUGUAGUGUUGGUGCCUUCGAGGCUGAUGUGCGUAGGUUGUGCACGGAUAUAAAUAGAUUAGUUGAUUACAUAGAGGUGACUGGUGUACACUGCUCUUCCUUUACGUACAUUAGUUUACUUGAGACACUCGCUCGACUUCGGCUUGUCGUGACACAGGUUCGAAAACAAGACGUUGGUGAUAUGUUUCAGUGCGUGUUUGGCGCCCGUCGGCCUCAUGGAAUUCAAACCCCUUCACUUCCAACCGAAUUGUCUGCGCAAAGGGUAUUUGGUUAG